CGCCCUCGUCGUCCGCGCGGCCCCGCGCCUCGCCGGCUCCUCAGCUUCCAGCCAAGAUGGCGGAGAGCGGCGAAGGUCUGGGCACCGUCCCGGAGCACGAGCGGAUCUUGCAGGAGAUCCAGAGCACCGACACCGCCUGCGUGGGGCCCACCCUCCGGUCUGUGUAUGAUGACCAACCAAAUGCACACAAGAAGUUUAUGGAAAAGUUAGAUGCAUGUAUCCGUAAUCAUGACAAAGAAAUUGAAAAGAUGUGUAAUUUUCAUCAUCAGGGUUUUGUAGAUGCUAUCACAGAACUCCUUAAAGUAAGGACUGAUGCAGAAAAACUGAAGGUGCAAGUUACUGAUACCAAUCGAAGAUUUCAAGAUGCUGGAAAGGAGGUGAUAGUCCAAACAGAAGAUAUUAUUCGAUGUAGAAUUCAGCAGAGGAAUAUUACAACUGUAGUAGAAAAAUUGCAGUUAUGCCUCCCAGUGCUGGAAAUGUACAGUAAGCUAAAAGAACAGAUGAGUGCAAAAAGGUAUUAUUCUGCUCUAAAAACUAUGGAACAAUUAGAGAAUGUGUAUUUUCCCCGGGUUAGUCAAUACCGGUUUUGUCAGCUAAUGAUAGAAAAUCUUCCUAAGCUCCGUGAAGAUAUUAAAGAAGUCUCCAUGUCUGAUCUCAAAGACUUUUUGGAAAGCAUUCGAAAACAUUCUGACAAAAUAGGUGAAACAGCAAUGAAACAGGCACAGCAGCAGAAAAUCUUCAGUGUUACUCUGCAGAAGCGAAAUAAUGUAAAAUUUGGGAAGAAUAUAUAUAUAAAUAAUAGAAGUCCAGACGAAAGGAAUAAAACUGUAUUGAAACAUGCAUUUGAGGAAGAGGAUGAAAAUGAAGAGGAGGUCUUAACUGUUCAAGAUCUUGUUGAUUUUUCCCCUGUUUACCGAUGUUUGCACAUUUAUUCUGUUUUGGGUGAUGAGGAAACAUUUGAAAAUUAUUACCGAAAACAAAGAAAGAAACAAGCAAGACUGGUAUUGCAACCCCAGUCAAAUAUGCAUGAAACAGUUGAUGGCUAUAGAAGAUAUUUCACUCAAAUUGUAGGGUUCUUUGUGGUGGAAGAUCACAUUUUACAUGUGACCCAAGGAUUAGUAACCAGGGCAUACACUGAUGAACUUUGGAACAUGGCCCUCUCAAAGAUAAUUGCUGUCCUUAGAGCUCAUUCAUCUUAUUGCACGGACCCUGAUCUUGUUCUGGAGCUGAAGAAUCUCAUUGUAAUAUUUGCAGAUACUUUGCAGGGUUAUGGUUUUCCAGUGAACCGACUUUUUGACCUUUUAUUUGAAAUAAGAGAUCAAUACAAUGAAACAUUGCUUAAGAAAUGGGCUGGAGUUUUCAGGGACAUUUUUGAAGAAGAUAAUUAUAGCCCCAUCCCUAUUGUUAAUGAAGAAGAAUAUAAAGUAAUCAUCAGUAAAUUUCCCUUUCAAGAUUCAGAUCUUGAAAAGCAAUCUUUCCCAAAGAAAUUACCCAUGUCUCAGUCAGUGCCUCAUAUUUACAUACAAGUUAAAGAAUUUAUUUAUGCCAGCCUUAAAUUUUCAGAGUCCCUACACCGGAGCUCAACAGAAAUAGAUGAUAUGCUUAGAAAAUCUACAAAUCUGCUGCUGACCAGAACUUUGAGUAGCUGUUUACUCAAUCUUAUUAGAAAACCUCAUAUAGGUUUGACAGAGCUAGUGCAAAUCAUCAUAAACACCACACACUUGGAACAAGCUUGUAAAUACCUUGAGGACUUUAUAACUAACAUUACAAAUAUUUCUCAAGAAACUGUGCAUACCACAAGACUUUAUGGGCUCUCUACUUUUAAGGACGCCCGACAUGCAGCAGAAGGGGAAAUAUAUACCAAACUUAAUCAGAAAAUUGAUGAGUUUGUGCAGCUUGCUGAUUAUGACUGGACAAUGUCUGAGCCAGAUGGAAGAGCUAGUGGUUAUUUAAUGGAUCUUAUUAAUUUUUUGAGAAGCAUCUUUCAAGUGUUUACUCAUUUGCCUACUAACAGCAAUGAUCAUGCAGCCAUGUCGGGGAAAGUUGCCCAGACUGCUUGCAUGUCAGCCUGCCAGCAUCUGUCAACAUCCUUAAUGCAGAUGCUACUGGACAGUGAGUUAAAACAGAUAAGCAUGGGAGCCGUUCAGCAGUUUAACUUAGAUGUCAUACAGUGUGAAUUGUUUGCCAGCUCUGAGCCUGUGCCAGGAUUCCAGGGGGAUACCCUGCAGCUAGCAUUCAUUGACCUCAGACAACUCCUUGACCUGUUCAUGGUUUGGGAUUGGUCUACUUACCUAGCUGAUUAUGGACAGCCAGCUUCUAAGUACCUUCGGGUAAAUCCAAACACAGCCCUUACUCUUUUGGAGAAGAUGAAGGAUACUAGCAAAAAGAACAAUAUAUUUGCUCAGUUCAGAAAGAAUGAUCGAGACAAACAGAAGCUGAUAGAGACAGUCGUGAAACAGCUGAGAAGUUUGGUGAAUGGUAUGUCCCAGCAUACAUAGACUUCACAUCGCUUGUACUCAGUGACAACAAAUCUGAGACUCAGCAUUGAUACCUAACAAACACUGGUCAUGAUACACAAACUUGUUUGCAUAAUUUGAAAAUACAAUAGAGAAAAGACAAUGAUGAGAGCUUAAACAAGAAACAAUUAUAAAUAUGAUUUGUAUGGAUUUUUAAAUAAUUGAAUAGUAUUUUAUAUAUGGAAAAUGUGACUUUUUUUCACUAUGAGGGUAAUAUAUAAUCAGGUCAAAAAUUGUAUAUGAAACUGAUUGUAAAUACAUUAGAAAAACUUAUGCCUCUACAUAUAAGUAUUUCUUUUCUAUUUGAACUUGAAUAAUGUGUGUGUGUGUGUGUGUGUGUAUGUGUGUGUGUGUGUGUGUGUGUGUGUGUGUGUUUUCCCCCAGUAUCUGGCUUUGGAAUGCAAUCAUGUCUGAUUUGGGAGCAUUUCACUGUCAUUUUCCGACUUUUAACUUUAAUUUUCAUCUCAGUAUGAUUUAAGUAGACUAAAUUUUCUAAUUCUGCUGAUUCUGAGGGAGGAAAAGGACGAAUCUUUAAAGGUCCCUGAAAUCAAACUUCAUUUAACCUGAUAAGAAUGUGAAUUAUUUGUUCUACUUGGGUUGGUUUAAUUUAAUAUGAAUAUGAAGAAAAGGUGUUUAGAUUUUUUUAAGACGCAGUGUUCCUGUUCAGCAGGGUUAUUAUUUCUAACUAUAUUAUCUGUAGCUGGAUCCAAUUGAUCUGGUUUGGCUUGGUUCAAGUUAGAAGGAUAGGAAAUAAGUGGGACUAACCACUUCAGGUGCAGCUCGCGCUAGGAUAGAUGUGUUCCUACACACACAAGUUACCACAGGGGUCAGGUUACUUUCUUCAAAGAGGAGAUCUCAGUAUGGUAUCCUCACUGUGGAAACAAGCCAAACCAAAUGAACUCUGGAAAACCUAAAACGAAUGUACAUUUUUCUCUGUGUAAAUUACUGUGGUCCAGAUGGUAAUAUCAGUCUGAUCCUUACUUUCUCUUCAUUGUAUUUAUACUGAAUAAUCCUUUUUGCAUUUUCAGGAUUCAUGCCUGUAAGAAACUUAUAUUUUACUCUGUAAAAUAAGUGUAAAGAAUUCUAUGUACAUUUCUUGAUUUUGUGAUGAAAUAUUAAAAAGGUUGAGCAAGUUGCUGAAAA